UCUGAAGACAACGUGCAAGCAGGGUGCAUGAGGGAGAGGAAAGUACGAGGCUGGUACCGGAUUUCGAAGCAUUUGACAACUAUAUUGGCUAUACGUUCCAACCGAAUAGUGUAAUCAGUUUGAACAGCAAUGGAAGAUUACAUAAAAAUUGAGAAAAUUGGAGAGGGUACUUAUGGAGUGGUCUACAAAGGUCAGAACAAGAAGACAAAGAAAAUUUGUGCAUUGAAGAGAAUCCGGCUGGAGAGUGAAGAGGAAGGUGUUCCUUCAACUGCGAUACGAGAAAUCUCUCUGCUGAAGGAGCUCAGUCAUCCUAACAUAGUCUGCUUAGAAGAUGUUCUUAUGCAAGAUAACAAGCUUUACCUGGUGUUUGAGUUUUUGUCAAUGGACUUGAAAAAAUACAUGGAUACAAUACCAAGUGAGCAGACAAUGGACAAAAUGUUGAUUAAAAGUUACCUGUACCAGAUUACCCAGGGGAUUUUGUUCUGUCACCAGAGGCGUGUUCUUCACCGUGACCUCAAACCCCAGAACCUGCUGAUUGACAAGCGAGGCGUGAUUAAACUGGCUGACUUUGGCUUGGCUCGUGCUUUUGGGAUUCCCGUCCGUGUCUACACUCAUGAGGUAGUGACGUUGUGGUACCGAGCCCCUGAAGUCUUGCUGGGAUCACCGCGAUAUUCCACCCCAGUGGACAUCUGGAGCAUUGGCUGUAUCUUCGCUGAAAUGGUCAUGAAUAAACCACUGUUUCGUGGAGACUCUGAAAUUGACCAGCUGUUCAGGAUAUUCAGAACACUGACCACUCCCACAGAGGAGACGUGGCCUGGAGUUAGCUCCCUACCAGACUACAAACCCACAUUCCCUGCCUGGAAGAAGAACACCCUGUUUAAAGUAGUGAAGGGGCUUGAUAACAAAGGCCUGGAUCUUCUUCAGCAAAUGCUGGAGUAUGACCCAGUGAAGAGAAUCUCUGGGCGAGAAGCUCUGAACCAUCUGUACUUCAUGGACUUGGAUAAGAGUGCCUUACCCGCCUCAAACUGCUGAUCCCAUGGGCAGGGGACAGCAUGCCGACAGUGCUCACAUGGCCUCAUGCUACAUGACACAUUGUGCUUCUAGGGCAAGGUUUUGGGUACUGGUGUCACAAAGUGUACCUAGUCUUUGUUCAGUGUUAUAGUCAGAAGUUCAGCAGCUGCACAAAGGCUUUGUGUUCACAGUGCGACGCUGUUCAUCACGACUGGGUAAUGCUUUUUUCUGCUCCGGGGAUGGGGAAAAUGAUCUCGUUUUGAGCUGUUGAAUGCUAUAUGCAGGUGACUUCAGGGGCAGAUAAUCAGGGCAAGGAGAAGAACAGGUGAUUGUGAUACUGAGGGGUAUGGUGAUGAUCUCUACCAGAUUAUUUGGUUAAAUUUCUGUGUGCAUGAGGAUAUUAUCACAGGGACCUUAAAGAUAGUUGAGGGGAAUAAAAAGCUAACUAACCAGGGGUGUAAAUUUAAUGUUCAUUGAUGAUCAGAGUUCUACUUGCUUGUAUCAUUUCAUGAUACAAGUUUGUACUCACUUCAUUACAUAGAUGUACAUGUCCAAAAAAUGUCUCUCAGCUAUUUAGCGAUCAUGUAGAUUUUGAUUUCAUAAUUAAAAUUGACAUAACCCUACAGAGAGAUGGAGAUAUUGCUGAUGGCUUAUUUGAAAUGAGCUGUGUGAGGGUUUGUGUACAUAUAGUGUUUUUAUUUUACAUGGCAUGUUAAAGGAAGAGAAAGUUUUGUUGUCACAAAAAAUAGUGCUGAGCUUGGAAUCUGGAGAAAGUCUUUUUUAUUAACUGAUUGGUGCAUCUGAUUUUACUGUGUUCAUACUAAGAGGAUUCUUCCAACAAGCAAAACAUUUUGAUUGAAAUUCCAGACAGUUGUUUUAUUUGAUGCUGUCUCUGCAUGUGUUCUUACUGUGUGUGUUUGUCUGGCAAUGUGUAAAUGAGGUGAUGACUGAGGUUGUGCUUGUUGUCUUUUUUCCAUUCAUUCUUACCUUUAUUUCCUACAGAAAAUUCAUGUAUUCUGUGUUAAGUUGUGUAUCCAUUGCAUCGGACUGAUGACCUGUGUUUAUGUAAUCUUCAACCAAUUCACCAACACAAACAU